CCCCGCCUGAGUGAUGCCCCGCCUUCCUCCUUGCCUCUCGGUGACAUCCUCCUCGCCCUCGCCGUUGCACAGCCCAGCGCCAUGUCAGCAAUCCCUCCCUGUGAUACGCCUGACCGCCUGACUGAUCCGUAUGUCACUUUGCCGGCAGCCGGCGAGCCGGUGGAUGCGGGCACGGCCAGCUACCCGGCCGACCUGCCCGUCAGCCCGAGCUGCCUGGCUGACUUGCGGCUGAAUCAUCCCCGCUUCGUUCGAGCCACCGGGCUCUAUGUGACCAGGUCGACCCUCGGCCCGGAGGUGGGCCUGGGUCUUUUUGCGGCACGCCGCCUGCCAGCUGGCCAAGUGAUCGCAGUCUACGGUGGCAUCCUGCCGACCGAAUGGGCCAUCCACCGGUCCAACCAGCCGGAUUGGGACCAAUGCCUUGCGUUCACCAUGGAGCUGGCCGAUCCAGAAACCGGCAUCAACGCCGGCGCCGCCCCACCUUGGGUCGAUGCUGGGCCACUGCUACAGUCCAUGCCUGCCCGGUAUAUCAACCACAGUUCGCGCGCCGACCGACGGAAUGUGGCGUGGCGCCGACGCCCGCACCUCCUCUUGGCUGAGGUAAUUACCCUGCGUGAUAUCCAGCCCGGGGAGGAGCUUUUCGCCGAUUACGGCCCGCAGUAUUGGACCGCUGGGCCGGCUCCGGUGAAUGAGUAGGACACACAGGGGGAAAGAGGGAGAAGGAUAAAGGGAGAUCGGAAAAUAGAUGAAGACGCAUCGCUA